CAAUGCUAUCAAUUCUGGUAUUUUAACUUUGGCUAAAAAUGGAUUUUAUAGGGGAACAGUAUUAUAAUCUAAACAGAAUUCUUUUAGUAUGUGUCGGCCUGUGGCCUUAUGGCACUUCAUCCUUAAAGAAGAUACAAAUUAUAUUUUUUGAAGCAAUAUUCAUAUCGUUCUUAUUAUGUCAGCUCAACGUAUUUGUCGUGAAAAACUGCAGUAUUGCAAAAGUUAUGAAAAUACUCAUGUUCGUUAUUAUUAAUUGCAUUUUUAUUAUAAAAUACAACGCAGGAUUGUUACUUACUGAUAACGUAUGUGUUCGCAUAUUUUCUAAUAUCAAGUAUAUCUUUAAUAGAGUCCGCUACGAUUGGACAAUAUUGAAAAAUCAGGCGGAAUUGGACAUAAUACAAAAGUAUGCAUGUAAUGCAAGAUUCCAUACCAUCACUUUUAUGCUCAUAGGUACUGUUAUUGGCAUGGGCAUAAUCAUACUGUCUUCUUUAUCAUUUAUACUUGAUGCAAUUAUACCACUGAAUGAAUCACAGCCGUUAUGGUUACCGGUUAUAGUAGAAUACUUCGUCGAUCAAGAAAGAUAUUUCUUUGCUAUUUUAAUACAUACUUUCAUGUUCGCUUAUGCUGGCUGUAUAACAAUAGCAGCUAUUGCAACAAUGCUUAUAGCAUAUGUAUUACAUAAUUGCGCCAUAUUUGAAAUUGCCAGCUAUCGAAUAGAGCACAUAUUUGACGAAAACAUAUUACAAAUGUCAAAAGAUAUUCGACAACAUAUACUAUAUGAGAGAUUAAUUCACGCAGUAUAUCUCCAUCGCAGAGCUGUGGAUUUGGCCAAUAUCUUGACGAACAGUUUUGCGACAUUAUAUUUCAUAUUAUUAACAUUUGGAGUAGCUUCUACGAGUUUCAGCGUUUUUCAUUUCUUUUAUGUGUUGACACCUGUAAACGACGUAUUUGAAGUAAUUGCGACUAACAUCUUUAUACUUUUACAUUUGUAUUAUAUAUAUAUAGGCAAUUAUGUUGGACAAAGUGUUAUAGACACCAGCACAAAUAUUUUUCGAACAACAUACAAUACGGGAUGGUACGCAGCACCGCUGUGGUUACAAAAAGUGAUGUUAUUUAUUAUGCAGAGAAGUAGCAUUAAGAGUACUUUAACAGCUGGAGGUUUAUUUGAUGCAUCGUUAGAAGGUUUUGCUAAGCUUAUGAGUUUGUCGAUAUCAUAUGUUAUGUUUAUGCGUUCUACGCGAAGUCAACAAGAAAAUACGCAAGAAGAAUUAUAAUUAUGAUUUACUCGAAGUUGUUUUAUAAAUAUAAAACAUAUUCAACAUAUAGUAUAUGUACUCUGUUACAUACAUAUUAAUAAAAUACAUUUGAACAAAUGAA